ACAAAAAGACAGAAGUCAGGGAGACAGAUGAACACAGACAAAAAAAGUUGGGUGAUGUCAGAGAGUUGAAUGUGGAGUAGCAGAUUUAAGGAAGGAGCAUGAAAGUCUACUUAUAGUGUGGACUGUAACAGUGAGGAACUUUUUCCUCCCUGGACUAGUCGUACCCUCAUAGGCCCCACCAGAGGGACAUAUCCAACCCAAACAGAAACAGAGACUGUGCGCCAGGUAGUGUUUAAGAAGAUGAGGAGAUCUAUGUCUAAUAACAAAGAUGGGGAAACAGCUUCAAAUGGACAAACGUUUUCCCAAAAUGGAAAAGAUCUUGGAGGRAAACUCCAGGAAGGUGGUGGAAAGAAGGUGGAACUGGGCAAAAAAGUGACCCUGCUGCGAGGAAUCUCCAUCAUUGUUGGGACCAUCAUUGGAGCUGGAAUCUUCAUAUCACCUAAGGGAAUCCUGAAACAYUCUGGCAGUGUGGGAAUGUCCCUGACUGUGUGGAUUGCCUGUGGUGUCCUGUCACUUUUUGGAGCACUGUGCUAUGCUGAGCUGGGGACUUGCAUCAAGAAGUCUGGAGGACAUUACACAUAUAUAAUGGAAGCAUUUGGACCUCAGAUGGCUUUUAUCAGACUUUGGGCUGAUCUCAUUGCAAUAAGCCUGGAAGUCUUCCUCAUUCAUGUUGGCGAAAACAAGAGCAGCACCAAAGACCAUCACAAGACCAUCCAUGGCCGCUUCCAAUGAACUUUCAAAGCACACUUCACCUUCAGUGCAAAGUACCAUGAAUGAAUGACCUUUGUUGUAUAUUGCUGUCAGUGCUGUUUGAUGUUUUGAAAUAAAAGUAAUUAUAUACUGCAACUGGUGCUGGUGUGUUUGUAGACUCAAGURGCAUCUAAUGUC